AUGAUCGUGUGCAACAAGUCGCAAGGUGAAGGAUGGGGAACAUAGCGAGGGGAGUCAGAGGGAAUGAUUGUAUAAUGGCAGGGGUAGGAUCUACAAGCUGGACCAAUCAUAAUCCUAUAUCACGAGCUAGCGAAGAAUAUUUGAGAACUUACUAGUGGUAAAAACAUUUCUUGUGUUAAUUCUUGUCCGUCGAUAUCGCAAAGAAGAUUCGGGAUUCAGAUUUAGGUGAGGACAUCUUCUGGAUGAACUAUAGAGAAGCGGGCGUACAAAGAUGGCGUCGGCUCGUGAAAACCAGAUACGCAUCAUGCUUUGGGCACCUCCACGAUCACUGUCUACAGCCUUUGAACGAUGUAUAAGCUGCCUUAAUAGUGACACCAUGAAGGUGGAUGUUAACCAUGAAUUAUAUACAGCUGCAUGUCAUCUAGGUCCAAAUAGACAGAUCAAGAUUCCUAGACUGUUUGAACCUGUGGUCUAUGAGCCAAAACUGUCCUACAAGAAAGUCAAGAAACGCCUCGAGGCAGAGAAGGCCGGUAAGGAUUUGGUGUUUUGUAAAGAACUAGCUUACACGGUUGCUGGGAAGUUUGACAUGAUCGCUGAUGGCUACACACAUACCUUCUUGAUCCGACAUCCUGCAAAGGUGUUCCUGUCUUUUCAAACAUUCCUGGAAAAGUUUCCAAACAAACUCUUGAAGCUGGACCUAAGAAAUGAUAUCCUACCAGAAGGUCUGGUAUACAAAGAGAUGUAUGAUUUGAUGGAGUAUACUACUCAUAAACUAGGUCAGAAACCCAUUGUUAUAGACGCAGAUGACUUAGUGGAGAACCCAGAGGAGAUGUUGAAGAUGUACUGUAAUGCUACCGGUGUGCCAUAUCAAGAACCUAUGACCGCAUGGAGAAAGGUUAAGUACGACCUUAAGGAGUGGAGCUACUCUAAGAGACUCAUGUUUGUUAAUAAAGUCAUGGGACAGUAUGAUCGUGCCUUUAGUACCUCUGAGCUUGUUAAAUCCUCAAAGUCUGAUAUCGAUAUCAACUGUUUGCCUAAGAAGAUCAGGGAUCUGGUAGAUAUCGCCUUGCCGUACUACGAGCAGAUGUACGAAUGCCGGCUCCGACUAGACCAAACCGUACACACGUCAUCGACAUCCAGUACAGACUCGUCAUCGAUGUCGACAAGCUUUUCAUUAUCACAGGAAUCAUUACAUUGUGCAUCAGCCCAGAGCAUAGGUGGAAUUACCCGCGAACCUGGGAAGUCAUAAGUGCUGGGCGAAAAACAUUUUCAGGAAGUGAAAUGAGAAUGUCUAUGCGGCAUCAAUCAGCUAUUCAAAAUUCCUUGAUGUCGUUAAUAAUGGAGAUUUGAUUAUUUAAUUGCCUUACCUCAGCGUCGUUUCGAGUUAACGAUACUAUUUCAGAUUACACUGCAAGUUUGUUUAGAUGGUCAGUACGUCACUUUUUUGUUGAAAGAAUACUGUUCUCAGAGGAACGCGGUAGAUAUGACGCAGAAAAGGGACAAGUCAUCGCAAACCUUGUAGAAAAACCAUAUAUUUAGGAAGAAUCACAGGACCAAUUAACUAAUUCGGCCUCGGAUCCGUAACACUUUCACGUCUUGGUCCUUUAUUGUUUUCAAUUAUGUUAUAAAAUAAAUAAUUAUUUCAUAUCAUCGUUUAAUAGAUGGAUGCCCUGUUGAUCAGGGGAUCCAGUAUUUUGUGACGUAUUUAUAUUUUGUGAGCAUCUGAUCGUCUGUGAUUAUCUGGACUCUAUUUGGAUUUUUCACAGUACGAAAUGACGAUGAUAUCAGAUUGGUGAUUUACAAUUCAUGACGAGAGCGGUUUGCCAGAGAGCACAGAACCAAUGCAAAUUUUGUUAGGAAUGACGUCAUGAAAAACCGAGAAGAUGGUGUGCGUUAUCAUUUGCACAUGCGCAGAAGGAAUAUUCGAGUGAAUUUACAACUGUUUUUCGCUCUGUCGUCCUCCGAUUUAAAGUCAUACAUCUAGUUUUAUUUUCUUUGAAUUGGCACUUUGCACCCUCAUACGUUUACCUAAAGCAGGCUUCUCAAAUGAUUCCCAAAAUAUUUUUUGAUUAUUUUCCAGAGAUGAUUUCUUUUGAAAAAAAGGGAUGAUUUGGAAUAAAAGAGCCCUUGUUGACGACUGCUCGUCCUUUUUGCUUGAAUUUGCCUGAUUUUCUUGAAUCCUAAUUUUCUAUGAAAUUACAAUUAUUUUGUAAUCCAUGUAAAUCACAUUGAUUAAUGCGUUAUACAAAGGUAUUUUAAUUUGACAAUCCGUUGACCAUACGGUCAUCAUUUAGUUUUUUAAGAAAAAAAAUUGACGCUUUAUAAUGAUGUUUUUUCAUAUUGGCAUAAAAUAAUGUCUAUGGUUUGAUUGAAAUACAACAUCUUCAGAAAAUUAACUAAGACCCAUAUUUUACAUUGAUCAUACUUGUCAAGUAGGUCUCUGGUAUUUCUCACUUACGAAAAAAAAAUAUGACAGAGAGAAUUUGCCCUUAAAAUUUGUGCAUGAAUGGUCAAUUCUUAAGUAAUACAAAGUUCAAAUUGAUUUGAGCCAAGGACUGGCUUUACAAAGUAAUAAUAUUUAAAAUAUUCAAUGAUGGAGUUGGCGUUUUAGUGUUAUAUCCGGUCAAUGCACAACACUUGCUCUACAGUGCGUAUCAAAAAAAGUUUGCACUUAGAAAAAAUCCUGUAAAGUUAUACAUUUGUAAUAUCCUGAAGAUCUUUCCACAUUUUUACAUUGGUACAGAUCCAUUUAAGCAAAUGACGAUAAAACUGUCGAAAAAUAUUUCCGCUUGAGUGAGCACCACUAACUUUUGAAAAGUUGGUGAAAAAUGAUUUACGCAGAACUUUGAAAUAGUUAUGCGAAUAAAAUUAGACCUUAAUCAUGAAGAACACGUUGAAUUUAGCUAGUAAAAUUGAUUUGAAGAUAUAUAUAACCUUUUUCAACUUGUUUCCUUGCCCAAAACACUUUGAAGAGUGCAUUGCGCCCUCCCCACUCCCCCACACACCGAGGAAAUCAUGACGAUAUUUGCUUUACACUGAGCUGUGAUUUUCAUGAAAUGGCUUAGGCUUGAUUUUCAUUUUGUUAAUCAUUGUCAAGCUUGGAAAAGUGUGGAGAAACAAGUAUUAAAUGAAAAAUGAAAUGUAAACCCACUUUUAAUCAUAAGAACUUAGUGAAAAAUGCUGGAGAUGUCUGAUAUAAACUUUUGUUCAGAUUUAGUUAUGUCCUCAGAUCCAGUUGGCACAAAAGGGUAAAGGUUUUGCUUACUUUGUGUUGAAAUUUCAAUUUGGGUGGCAAAAUUGUUACAAAAUGCUUGAAUGUAUCCGUUUUAUUUCAAUUGACUAAAAGUGCAAGGGAAAUGUAUGAGAAAUGUUUCGCAGGGUAAGUUUGAUUUCACCCUUUCCCCUUGACACAGCAUGAAAACGAGCAUUUCUGCGCAAACAGAUUUCUGCGAGCUUUACAAAAAUGGACAGUGCUCACUCAAGUGUAACAUUCUGUCAAAACUUUUACUUUCAUUGGAUAGAUGAGACCCAAACCCAAGAUUAUAUGUGAAAAAAUUACCCACAUGUUGUAUAUUUUUUAAUUCCCAGGGCUUUUUCAAAGUGUAAACUUUUUUGAUACGCACUGUACAGUGCGUCCCAGAAAAAACGAAACCGAGAUUAAGCGAUGAUUUAUCAUAAUUUAAUCACAAAUACAAUAGACAAAUGACCUACCAUUGUAAAGCUUAGAAUCUCCUCUUUCAUCUGAUAUUACUUAGAUUAUUUCUCAUUCACGCAUGAGUGAGCAAAAACAAUUUGAAGAGGGGAUACCAAAAAGUCUUUUGGCGGGCUGUAUCUGGGAUUAAAAAAGAAAACCACAUUUUAAGAAAGUUCAAUAACUGCUCUUUAAUUUAAUACCUCAUUUACAGAAAAUGGUCAAGAAAUAACAAAGUUCUGGUUAUUUGAUAUAAGGCUUGAAUUUCAAUAAUUUCAUAAAAUUAAGAGGUUCUACCGGCUAGCGUUCAAACUCACUUGACACUCCGUUUUGUUGACGAUCAGCCAUGCAUUAAGUCUUUUGUUAACCAUGCAAUAGCUUCUGUGGGAAACCGGUGAAAACACGUUUAUUUAAUGAAAUUAUGGAAAUACAAGCAUUGUUUCGAGGGAACAUAACUUUUUUACUUCUUGACCAUUUUUUGUGAUUAAGGUAUCAAAUAAAAGAGCAGAUAUUGAACUUUUUAGGCAUGUAAUUUUCUUUUUUUUUAAUUCAGAUACCCCCCGCCAAAUGAGUUUUUGGUAUCCUUUCUUCAAAUUGUUUUUGCUCACUCAUGCAUGAAUGGGGAAUAAUCUAAGUAAUAUCAGAUGAAAGAGGAGAUUCUAAGCUUUGCAUUGGUAGGUCAUUUGUCUAUUGUAUUUGUGAUUAAGUUAUGAUAAAUCAUCGCUAAAUCUCGGUUUCGUUUUUUCUGGGACGCACUGUAUAUAACGAGUUAUAAUUGGAGGGGGUGGCCUGUUCAGAGAGUUCAUUAGACCCAAGUUUGAGAAAACGGGUCAGUAGUAAAUUUGACUUGAAAAGCUAGUGGUAAUGCCCAUUCAACUACGUCAUCUUAUACGAGUUCUGUUUGCAAACGCAUGGAUAGUAAAAAAGGCCGAGAUCAUCAAACGGUUUUAGUGGGGGUUUGUUCCCAUGGAAAAAUAAGAGGUUUCAUUCGUAUAGAGGCUUUACAGUGUAAACAUAUUCUUUCUUGAAAAUAAGAGACCUUUAAAAUCAUUUUCACCUUAACGUAAACUUGUAUAAAAGGUCCGCUUUAGACACCCAUCCCAUGCCCCUAUAUUACACAUCGCACGCAUCAUGUCAAUACGACACAACAAUAAUAAAUGUCAUCGUUAAUUGACCAUUCUUUAGAAGUUAUUUAGUAUUCAUUUUUAUUUCAGAUAUAAUAUACACUGUGACGGUAUACCUGCCACAGUAAUUAUCCCUUUGGUCAAGUUAUUCAACAACAACAACAAAAAAGAAUUAAAACGGAGAUUUAAAAAAAUAUUUGAAGAUGGAAGAAAGGAGGUACGUAAAAGCAUGUUAUUUUUUUUGAAACUGAGAUAACAUUCGGGUCAUCUUGACUCCUCUCUCAAAAUGAUAUAGGCCUUCAUCAUUUAUAGACUUCGGUGCAUGAUCUGCAAAUUCUGCUUUAUUUCUGUGUCAUUAGGUACAUUGUAUACUGGUUCAGUAUGUCAACUUGCUCAGAAUAGGCCCAUAACAUUUUAUUUGCAGUCCACAACACCCGGUAAACACAAAGUUCACGAACUCUUGUAUGUCACAGAGAGAUUUUUGUUAAACAUUAACUUUUGGUAUGGCAGCAGGAAAGAAAAAUAACCUCCGCCGUUAUUUACCUGCCAAACAGUACUUUAGAAACGUUGUGUGAUUAACAAAAACCGUUGUUAAGUGGAUUGAUGUGAUAGCUUGAUCCUGAUGUGAAAAUGAAUACUUCGAUUGACUGACCAGUGUGGUCUAUCCGCCACAUGCAAAAUGACAUUGACAUUUUUUCUGUGAUUCACUAUCUCAACUGAAGUCAUUUCAAAGUCAUGCACUCUUUUUGGAAAUACACUCUCUUAAAAAACUUAUCUUUUUUCCUUGAUUCUUUUUUAUUUCUUUGUUAAUUUUAUUUUUAUUUUUCAUUUAAUUUUAAACUUUUUUUUUUACUUUCCCCAUUAUGUAGAGGGAAGGAAAAGCCCACAAUCGCGUAUCCACAAUUAUCAUCCAAGAAGUAAUGAAGUUUUCUGCAUAAAGAAUAAAAUGUCAAAAUAAUUUUAUAGGAUCCCUCUCCUAAUUUCCUUUUCUUUCAGUCUGGUCCUUGUUGAUUUUAUUCGUUAUUGAAAUAAACAGAAACAAUUCUACCCCCCCCCCCUUCCUUCGACACUGCCAAUGCUGAUGAUGUGGAAACAUUAAGAUGAAAUAAAUGGGAAAAAAUGAACAAUCAUAAUAACAAUAAGUAAUAUCCCGCCGCAACUUCCUACGAUGAACUCCCCCAAUAGCAUGUCAAAACAGAUUUAAUAAAACUACCUGCUUCUCCAAAUUCCAGUUACACCUACAUGGCAUACUUGGUAUCAGCUUCUUUAAGUUGACCCUUUCUUGAGUGCAGGCAGUACGAUUACAUGGUAUUUAUAGCUAUCAAUAUUCUUAAUUGCAUUAAUAUCUUUUUUCAUUAAUGUUAUUGCAUAACUGACACCCUAUGACGUCAUAUUUACUUGAUAUGAGGAAAUAUAGCACUGACGGGAAAAGGUUGUACACUCUAAGAAAAUUAAGUGCUAAAUUAGCGUGUUAGGUGUUAUAUUGAGCACCAAGGUGCUAUUAUUAACGCAGGAAGUCAUGGAAACAGCACCCGAAAUGCAAUGGGCAUUAACACUUUACUUUGUAGCGUGCACCCUUUUUGCGCUGAUGUUGCAAUCUUGUACAUUCGUACAAUUCAACAGUCUUAAUUCUCCCCUACCUUCAAAGUAGAUAAGCUAAUACAAGACAAUAGCAUCUAUUUAAUAAUGACAUAUACCAAUAGUGCAAAAUGGAAAUCUUGAAUUAAAGAAAAUAACAUGGAAACAAUUGUAAUUAUUAUUUCCCAAAAUAAAUUCAGCGUGCAAAGAGUUGUUUGUUAUUGAUUGCCAUUCAUUCCUCCCAUCUGAACAGUAUGCUGUAUGUUUGUAUCAAAUAUCAUAUAAAUGAAAUCUUAUAAGAAGCCUAUAAGUUGGCAUUAUUUCGACAAUUUUAUUUAUGCCUAUUGUUUGAUAAUCAUUUUUUAUUUCUUUCAUAUGUUUCCUUUCAAUCAGAAAAUACUUAUUAAACAACACAAUACGCACUACA